AUGGAACGCUUCGAAAUACUGGAAGACCCGCGAACUGGCCAUGCCAGAAGGCACGAGUUGCUGGACAUCAUCGUCAUCACCCUUUGCGCCGUCAUCUGCGGCGCCGACAACUGGGUGGAGAUUGAGGAGUUCGGCAAGGCCAAGGAGGAGUGGUUCCGCCGGUUCCUGAAACUGCCCCACGGGAUACCGUCCCACGACACCUUCGGGAGGGUGUUCAGUCUGCUGGAUCCGGAGCAGUUCUCAGCCUGUUUCAUGGACUGGGUACGUUCGGUGAGUGAACUGGCCCAUGGGGAUGUGGUGGCGAUAGAUGGCAAGAUCCUGCGGCGUUGUCAUGACCGAGCCAACGGGCGAGGUCCGCUGCACAUGGUAAGCGCCUGGGCCACGGAGCACCGGAUGGUGCUGGGGCAGACCCGCACCGAGGCUCACUCCAAUGAGAUCACUGCGAUACCGCAACUGCUGAAGGUGCUGGAACUGAAAGGGUGCCUGGCAACGAUAGACGCCAUGGGCUGCCAGAAGAACAUCGCCCGUCAGGUGGUGCGAGGGGGCGCGGAUUACCUGCUUUCGGUGAAGGCCAACCAGAGCGAGUUGUACGAGAACAUCAUGGACCUGUUCGCCUGCCAGGAGCGGGCGGGAUGGGAUGGCGUGGCUUACAGCCACCACGAGCAACUGGGCAAAGGCCACGGCCGGCUGGAACGCCGCCAGUGCUGGGUGAUCACCGACCCUGAGGAACUGGCUUACGUGGACCCUCAGCGACAGUGGGCCAGCUUGAGCGCGGUGGCCAGGGUCAACUACCGGCGAGACAUUGAUACCGGUUCCCCAGAGGAUACCCGCUACUACAUUUGCAGCUCUCCGGCGGACGCGGCCACGCUGCUGGCCGCGGCGCGGAGCCACUGGAGCAUCGAGAACAGCCUGCACUGGGUCUUGGACAUGGCUUUCGACGAGGAUCACAGUCGUGUGAGGACGGGCCAUGCCGACCAGAACCUGGCGGUGAUGCGACACCUGGCACUCAACCUGCUCAAGCAGGAACGCAGUGCUAAAGUCGGCAUCAAAGCCAAACGCAAAAAGGCCGGAUGGGACUUCGAUUACCUGCUCAAAGUCCUAUCCCAAUGA